AUCUGAACCGAAAACUAUCAAAUCAUUUCUGCUCGGAUUUUAUGGUCUUUCUGAGAGAAAAGAAACCCAAAAACGUGAAAAACGGGCGACUGGGUUCAGAGUUUGUUGACGGAACGUAAUGUUGACGUCUUUCACUUUCAGACUUUAAACAUAGGAAAAUGGCGGAGGGGCAUGACAGUUCUGUCAAAAGAGGAUUUGUAGAGCCUCCAUGCACCCCUCAGUCGUCACAGCACUGCAGCCUCACUCGGGCAGGUGAAUCUCCUUUGCAGUUUCACCUGAAGAAUCGUCACGCAGAGCAGGAUGAAGACGAGGACUCAAACGAAUCGCCUUCGUCCCGCUGCUUUGAGGAGCUGUUCUACACCAGAGAGACCCCAAUACCGCUGGGCCCCCUGACCGGUGCUUUAAUGGCCGCCUCGGGGCUGCAGGGUGACGUGGUGAAAGAAGGUUAUCUGGGGAAGCUGGAGCGGAGCCACAGGAGAUAUUUCGUCCUGCGAACGGGAAGUCACACUGGUCUGAGCAGACUGGAGUGGUACAAGAACCAAGAGAAGUUCGCUGCAAUGGAGAAGUCUGCUGGGAAGGCCGCUCUGUUUGGAACCAGCAAGCAAGGGGUCAUUUUCCUUCAUCGCUGUCUUGGUGUGAGUCGGAAUGGCAGUUCCCAAAAAGGCCACACGGUGGCGCUGUAUGACAAGGAUCAGACUCUGGUGCUUGUGAUGGAGGAGCAGCAGCAACAGGAGGAUUGGUACCUGGCCAUAAAGAGGCUGAUGGAGGAAGAGCAAAGAGAUGAGGAGCAUGAAGAAGGGUUUGAUGAAGACGAUGAUGGGUAUUGCACCCUACCGCCUGCAGCGUUCUUCAAAGAGGUUUGGCACGUCAUGGUGAAGCCCAGAGGCCUGGGCUCCUCCAAACCGUUCACAGGGGAGAACCGUCUCUGCCUCUCUGCAUCAACACUCGUUCUGGUCCGGCUGGGGUCCAGUAAUGACUUGCCAUCAGUUACGAUACCUUUGCUGAGUGUCCGCCGCUUUGGACACCUGGAUGGCUUUUUCUUUUUGGAGCUGGGCAGGUCGGCGCCUCAUGGUCCUGGAGAAAUCUGGAUGGAGGCUAGAGAAGAAGGAAACCCAGUUCUGGCCCAACACAUCCACGAGUCGGUUCGGGAGACCGUGAGAUCCCUACGAGCUCUUCCAGACUUCACCAGAUCUCUGACAUCCAGUCCCAAUCAACAGCCAGCCCUUCUGGCCUCAAAGCGCUGCCGACGCAAACAGAGAGACAAGUCGGCUAAUGUGAGAACUCUUACACCUCGGGUUCUUCAUCCCAGAAACUCGGAGACCCAAACUAGUCCUGCACAGCGUCACAGAAGAGCUCAAAAACUAGAAGACACACAGUCUGAAUCCUCUCUGAGCUUCACGUCGCACCUGAGCCCUGCUAGAUGCCAGCAGAGCCCUGCGCCGGAAACCAAAAGCUGCACAAUGCAGAGCUGGGAGUUGGCUGAGAAGGAAGAAGGGCUUGAAUACAUGAUGAUGUCCCCGAUUGUCAGACACAGCUUGUCUGAGUUACCUCAGGAUGAUUAUGUUGUCAUGGAGAGUCCACAAAAACUCAACCGGCCAGAAUACUGCUCCUCUUCAUCGUUCUCUUCUCUUCAGACGUCAUUCAGCAGCUCCACCUAUGACAGCUUCUCUCCUCUGCAUCCUUCACGCCUUCAGAGCAGUGAGGUCAGUCAGCCAUGCUGCCCGGGGUCUCCAGAAAACGUCCCGUCGCCAAUAGAAACCAGCUUUUCUGUCCAGCCACGGCAGGAUCAGGACUUUGAUCGGUCUUUGCUGAUUCCUCCAUUUCUGUUGAGUGGAUCACAAAUGAAAAAGGCUCCACAGUCCAGUCCAAACGUUGAUACAGGCCAGUUCAGUCGCCCUCAACCUGAACAGGAGCGGGUCAGAAGAAACUGGCUGCCAACAUGUCUUCUUUCUUGCUUUCAAACUGGGGAGAGAUCUUGAGUGUUGAAGUAAUUAUGUUUCUAUCUAUAACUACAAGUGUUUAGUAGUUAAAUUAUAGUAAAUGUUGGGGUUAGAUGCUCUGUAAAGUGUUGGUCCACUGAAAGGGGGUCCGUUAUCACCACCUACAAGAGGAAAGUGAGGAUGUGGCUGUAAUGGUUUAAAAAAAGGAUGUGCAUCUGGUGUUUCUGCACUUUAACACUUGAAUGGUGCACAAAUGUUUUGAGAAUCACAUGCUCAAAGAUGAUUGGGGUUUAGAGAUCGUUGCAUACUUGAAUUGUUUCAGUGCUAUU